AUGCCAGCAGUAGAGGGCGGAACUCCGUCCUGCUUUGAAGACGGCGCAGACCUGGCGAAGAAUGAGAUCCCGGAAACGGCCAACACGGUGCUGCUCGGGGAAUGCACGCAUGGCACGGAGGAGUUUUACCAGCUCCGUUUCAAUGUCAUCUUGUGCGAGAGCGACUGGACCUUCAUGUGGCACGUGAAUCAGUACGUGCACCGGCAGCUUGGCAACAGAUCUGGCAGCUUUGUUCUGACAGCUUUCCCUUGGUCCUCUUACCAUGGCAAGGAUUGGAUGUGGAAGAACCGGCAGUUCUACGACAUGGUGGAGUGGAUGAGGAAGCGCGCCUCUUCCGACGGGCCCUACCUCUUUGGUAUGGAUUGCUACUGCAAGGAGGAAGCCAAAGAAGAGGUUCUGAACUUCUUCGACUUCUAUGACCGUGACAAUCUGGGCAAGGAGUUCCGGCGCACGUUGUAUCCGGUGGAGCAGCCUGACAGGUGGCCGAGUAUUUUGGCAAAGCUGCAGUGGGAAUUCCAGGCAGAUUCCAGCAAGCCCGGGGUGAGAGCCUCCCAGAAGACCACUGCGGAUGGCCGCUGUGGAAGCAUUGUUUUGGGAUCGAGCAAGUUUCGGGGCUGCUCAAAGCUCGACCAGUUCAACGUGGAGCAAAACUUGGAGUGCAUGAUUGCCGCCGAUGAGUACUACUCCAAGCAGCGGCUGGAGCCACCAGGGUCUCGGGCAAGUUGGAAUGCGAGGGAUCAGCACAUGAUGACAACUAUCUUGAGAUUGCGUGCGCAAUCCAGAGAGCUCUUCGGCAUCGACGGGCAGGACCUGAAGAUUAUCAUUUGGGCGCACAAUUCUCAUGUUGGCGACGCCACUGCCACUCCUAUGGGUGGAAUGGAGUUCCAGAGGAAUGAGAAAUGGAAUUUGGGACAGAUGUGCCGCAGCAACCUGGAGUCGGUCUUCAUCGUUGGCUUCUACUCCUACUGUGGGGAGGUCCGUGCCGCAAAGAAGUGGGGCGGCGAGGGGCAGAUCAUGCCUCUCAGCCCAGCGGUGCCCUACUCCUUCGAGCACCGUCUGCACGAAUGGUUCCCUGAGAAGCGCGCCCAGUUCCCCCUCCACCGGGUGCGAGAUGCGUCCAGGAGGUUUGAGUACGUGCCUCUCAAGUUUCCCCUGAACAUCGAGUACCGGGCCAUCCAUCCCAUGGUCCGGGUCAGCAAAGACUUGCACUUCAGCCCUGAGAGCUUGGACGAGGAUCUGAGACAUAAGCACCAGACCCUGGACCCGGCCAAAUCCUUCGUGGCCGUGAGCCGGGUGAGGACCGGCAAGGGAGGGGAGGUCAUCCGCCUGCAGAUUCGGGGCUAUGACCGGGGGCAAUAUGAUGGCUGGUGGGUGACUGAGUAUACCAGGUAUGGGUCCAGAACCAUUCAUUGCCUGCCCGCCGAGCACCUGAACGCCCUCUCCGGCGCGAACAUGACGCCUGAGAAGCUGCUGGCCGUCGCCAACUUUCCAAUCCUCCAGAGAUGGGUCGGAGUCCAGUAUCACCCGGAGACAGAGAUCGAGUCCCACUAUGGCGAGAUGUCCAUGGCCAAGUGCUACGACCUUGCCGUUUUCGUGGACAGAACGCAGGCACUGAACACAGAUCUGGCGCCAACAGACGGGGUCACCGUGUCUGCCGCGGUCGAGGGCGAGGCGCCGGCGGCUCGGCACAAUCGCCGGCUCUUGAUGGAGUACAGGCGGAUUCUGAAGAAUCCCAUUGAGUAUAUUGAAGCCCGACCCUUGGAUACCAACAUUCUGGAGUGGCACUUCGUCAUCACGGGGAACCAAGAUCCGUACACGGGAGGCAAAUACCACGGCAUUCUGGAAUUUCCAGAUGAUUUUCCCAUGAAGCCACCAUCAAUCAAGAUGUUGACGCCCAGCGGGCGCUUUGAGAUCAACAAGCGCAUUUGCUUGUCCAUGAGCGAUUUCCACAAAGAGUCUUGGAAUCCGAGUUGGACGGUCGAGAAAAUCCUUAUUGGUUUGAUGAGCUUCAUGUAUGAGGAGAACUCCGUUUCCAUUGGCUCCAUCUUGGAGCCCAAAGAGGAUCGACGGAGAUAUGCUGCGGCCUCCGCGUACUUCAAUGCUCAGAACGAGAUUUAUGUGCAACUUUUCCAGACCCCGGACGAGGAAGAGGAGGAAGACAAUAUCCGCAAGCUGCGGACAGUGGCAACGGGAGAUGAGCCAGAGACAGACAAGGCCUGCCGAUACUGCCUGGUGGAUUCUGGGGACUUGGUAGCCCCUUGUGAAUGCAAAGGCAGCGGGCAGUGGGUCCACUUGGGCUGCCUGCGGCAGUGGCAGAAGUCGGUGCUGCUUACACAGUCCACCCACCCCAAGUACCAGACCCGCAUCGACGAGAUCUGCAAUGUUUGCGAGCGGCCCUUCAAGGAGGAGUUUAAGCCCAGGAGCCGCCGGGAGGCGCUGCUGGAGUACACCGGCGAGGAGCUGCCGCAGCUGAUUCAGAAAGGCAACCUCCUGGCGAGCUCCAGGCCCAAGUCCGAGAAGAACGGGGAGCUCAUGCGCCAGCAGGCGGCCCUGGCACUGAGGCUGGGGCAUUUCACGGAGGCAGUAUACAUCAUCUCCUUGUGUGAGACCUACAACCCGAACAAGCGGGGCGGCGGAGCGGUCUUAGGCGUGAACCUGACCCAGCCGGUGCCAUACCCGUUAGAGCGUACGUCACGGCCGCUGUUGAAUCACGGGCCAGACGUCGAGGUUGCGACCUAUCCGCUGCAGGAGUGGCGGCACAAGUUUGCCCCCUUGGUUCAGGUCCUGCAGGCCGCGCGCGCCGUUGGUCAGGUGGAGCACUUCCUGGGCGGCCCGGUGGAGCCAUCCGAGGCUUUUGCGUUGAUAGACCUGCCGGCGGAGUUGCUUGAUGUGGUAAAGAGCGCCACAAAAGGCGUCCUGGACCCCGGACUGCGGGGGCAGCUGGGGCGAUGUUUCGAGCUGCUGCCCCCGCAGCGGACCGUUCAGCUCUGCGGGCGGCUGCGGGUCAAGGGCAGUGUUUACUUCGGCGAGCUUCCUGUCAUUCUCGGGCUGCUCGCCAGCGUGUUUGCGUAUGUGGGUGUGAAUGAUGCAACGAUGCUGAGCACUCCCAUGAAAGUCUUCUGGGGCUAUGCCUCCUGGAACGCCACGCAGCUGCUGGGGGAGAUUGCGCGCCGUGGCUGGGGGCUGGUGGUCACAGAUGCACAUCUAUCCUUUGAAUGCUGGGAUGAAAAUAUUGCUUCGUGGGAAAGAGUUGUAGACAAGAGCAUUGUUGCUCGUGAGAGUGAAUACUCAAUUUGA